AUGGGGAAGGCACGUAGUGUUGGCAUAGGCAUGGAUUAUUCUGCAACAAGCAAAUCGGCCCUACGAUGGGCAGUCGAUAAUCUGAUAGAAGAAGGAGAUCGCAUCAUAUUAAUCCAUGUUGAGCCUCCCAAAGCUACCAAUACCAGAAACAGAAAGCAGCUGUUCGAGGACACUGGAUCACCUUUGAUUCCUCUGGAAGAAUUUGUAGAGACUAAUGUCUCAAAGCAGUAUGGACUUACUAGCGAUCCGGAGGUUCUUGAUAUUCUCGAUACAGUUUCAAGAAGUAAAGGGGCUAAGGUUGUGGCCAAGGUUUACUGGGGUGAUCCAAGGGAGAAGUUGUGUGAUGCUGUGCAAGAUCUCAAGCUUGAUUCGCUUGUUGUUGGAAGCAGGGGCUUAGGCCUCAUUAAAAGGGUGUUGCUUGGCAGUGUUAGCAACUAUGUGGUGACCAAUGCUUCAUGUCCAGUUACAGUGGUGAAGGGCACGCCAUCAUCCAAACCCUGA